CUGAGCUUUGUAAAAUCCAUAUUACGUCUUCUAAAGGCCGACAAGUCAAAACGGAGUUCCAUUCCGAACGACUCUCCUCGGCUCAAGAAGACGGCGGCUGCGGCUGCGGCAGAAGCAGAAACUCUAAUUCUCUAAGAAUUAGACUGACAAUUGUUUUGAAGAGAGAUAGAGAGAUAGAGAGAUUGAAAUGGAUUCCAAAACAUCCUCUUCUUCCUCUUCUGUGAUCGAGCACAAGGCUUAUGCCAGAGUGGGACUACUGGGAAAUCCGAGCGAUGUUUACCAUGGUCGCACCAUAUCUUUUACUUUUUCGAAUUUCUGGGCCUCCGUACAACUCCGGCCUUCCGAUGAGCUUGUCAUCACACCCCAUCCCACCCACGAUUUCGUCCAUUUCAGAUCCCUCGAUCAUCUUAUAAAUCGGUUGUCCAAUGAAGGUUACUAUGGAGGGGUGCGAUUGCUUAUGGCUAUUUGUAAAGUCUUUUAUAGUUACUGCAGAGAAAAAGAGAUUAAUCUUCAUACAAAGAAUUUUACUUUGUCUUACGAUACUAAUAUUCCUCGACAGACAGGACUUUCAGGUUCCAGUGCUAUUGUAUGUGCUGCCCUGAGUUGCUUGCUAGACUUCUUUGAUGUCAGGCAUUUGAUUAAGGUGGAGGUCAGACCUAACCUUGUUCUUGCCGCAGAGAAAGAACUUGGCAUUGUUGCUGGUCUUCAAGACCGUGUUGCACAGGUUUAUGGUGGCCUUGUUCACAUGGAUUUUAGCCAAGAGCACAUGGAGAAGCUUGGGCAUGGUAUAUACACACCAAUGGAUAUUAAUCUUCUCCCUCCACUAUAUCUAAUUUAUGCUGAUAAUCCAAGUGAUUCUGGAAAGGUCCACAGUACAGUACGGAAGAGGUGGCUUGAUGGUGACAAAUUCAUUAUAUCAUCAAUGCAAGAAGUAGCUAAGGUUGCAGAAGAAGGGAGGACAGCUUUACUCGAGAAGGAUUAUUCAAAACUUGCCAUGCUUAUGAACCGCAAUUUUGAUCUUCGCAGGAGUAUGUUUGGAGAUGAUGUUCUGGGUGCUUUAAACAUAGAAAUGGUGGAAGUAGCCAGAAGAGUGGGUGCUGCUUCAAAGUUCACAGGCAGUGGAGGAGCUAUUGUGGUAUUUUGCCCUGAUGGGCCUUCACAAGUGAAGCUUCUGAAGGAAAAUUGCCAGAAAGCUGGUUUUGUUCUUCAACCAAUCCAGGUUGUUCCUUCAUGCCUAAGUGAGGUUGAUCUUAAAACUCUUUCUAGUUGAUCCAUGAGAGCUUGGAGUGAGUUUAGGUUUGCUGAGGAAAUACAUGUUUUUUUCUUUUCUUUUUGGACAGAUAUUAUAGGAACUGCUAAACUUGGUAAAUUGGUAUUAGGCGUUUUGAAAUCUCUGAGUUACAUAUGAACGUUCGACAUUCUUUUGAUCAACCAAUAAAUAUUGCUCUCUUUCAUAUA